CAGUUAUUGUAGAUGUAUAGAUACUCCAUGCUUUUUUUCCCUGUGACCUAAAAUAACUAUUCGUAGUAGCCGUGGUAGUGUUUACAUCGUGACUCUCUUAGCUUUUAACGAUUCCUGGUGGUGUUUUUGUGGCUUUAUGUCGAUUUUCUAACGCUGCGAAUUUGGAUGCUACUCCGCUUGGAGGUUGCGGUACACCCCGAGGAGUAGAUGCGAUAACCCGAGCCAGAAAUGCCGCAGCCCAAAUCACGAAAAAUCGCCAUCCUCGGGUACAGAUCCGUAGGAAAGUCCUCUUUGACAAUUCAGUUCGUUGAAGGCCAGUUUGUGGACUCCUAUGACCCUACAAUAGAAAACACGUUUACUAAAAUGAUCACAAUAAACGGACAGGAGUACCAUCUGCAGCUGGUGGACACGGCGGGCCAGGAUGAGUAUUCCAUCUUCCCACAGACCUAUUCCAUAGAUAUCAACGGCUACAUCCUGGUCUAUUCAGUCACAUCUAAUAAAAGCUUUGAAGUCGUUCAAGUCAUCCAUGAAAAGCUGUUGGAUAUGGUGGGCAAAGUUCAAGUACCAAUUAUGCUGGUGGGAAACAAGAAUGACCUACAUAUGGAGCGAGUAAUCAGUUGUGAAGAGGGAAAAGCUUUAGCCGAGUCCUGGAACGCCGCUUUCAUGGAAUCCUCGGCUAAAGAAAACCAGACGGCCGUAGAGGUUUUCCGAAGGAUGAUUUUGGAGGCGGAGAAGAUGGACGGAGGCGUGCAACCCGGAAAGACCUCCUGCUCCGUGAUGUAGAGCCCACCUGACCCACUCACCCAACCGGACACUGCACUGGGAAAUCCCGAUACUUGAAGGCUCGCUGCCAGUCCUCCACCUCAGCUGACUCCACCCUCAAAAAGCCCCACAUGUCAGAAAUACUCCCUAAAGUCAGUACGUUUACAUGCAAGAGGGGAAAUACUCGUCGUACACGCCCUCGUCGUUAAAGCGCCCAUAUUACGCUGUUUUCUGAUCGAUGUUAUAAUGUUUCCUCAUCACAAACAGAUUUGGAGUUGUGUUUUGUUUCUUUCGCACAUGUUUAAAGGUCUGUCGCCUGCUUGUUGCUAUGGAGAUGUCAUUUCUCGACCUGGAAUGUUCCACAGUAUGACAUUAAACAGCUCUACCUUACAUUUAUUCAGUUACAGUUUUGUUUUGCUUUUUUUAGCUCAAAAAUACAAACAAAAACAGGCAUUCUGAUAAUGAGCGGGGUCGCCUCUCCACAGAUCUGACCUGUAACUUGGUAGGUAACUCUGGUUUGGUCUCCGUGAAGAUAGAAAGGUUUAAAGCCAUACUGUGAAACAUUUCAGGCAAAGCAGCAACAUCUCCAAGAAAAAAAAAAGCAUUUGACGGACCCUCCACCGCUAAACAAACCUUGAAUAUUUAUGCUGAGGUCUUCUCUCAAACACUCAGUUCCACCUUGUGAUGUUAUGUGGUGAUACAGGAAGUGCUCCACUGUGUUUUUAAACUCCAUACACCUUCACUAGAAUCAUUUGGAUGAUUUUCAGCCUUGGAAUUACCAAUCUUUACUGAACUAAAGCUAAAAGGAAGCACUUCAUGAGGUGGAAAAGAGCAUUUUGAGCUUUGGAGAUGAUGACUGACUAAUAAUAAAGGAUUACUCAAACUUGUGUGAAUGAAACAAAACACAACUCCAAGCAUGUUUUUGAUGAGGUAAUAGCAUUAUAACAUAGACACUUAGAGCAUACAAGAUUACAUUUUGCAUAAUAUGGGACCUUUAAUGUGGGGUUAUAUGCAAAGAUCUUACACAGUUGGUAAGGUUCUCAUUAUUUAGUUAAUUAACUUGGAAUAAACCAGUUUUAGUAACCUUAAUUAAAGCAGACCUGUUAUGCAAAAUCAACCUUUUAGAGCUUUUAACCACGUUAUAGUUGUUCCCUUCUCAUUUACCCUCACGAAGUUGUGUUUUUAGAGUGAUUCAUCCAUGUUUGAGUAAUCUUUAUUCUGCUGUAUUCAAGACGUCAUUGCUCCGAUGCACCUGCUCUGUACUUACUUAAUUCUCCUAAUUUCUUUUCUCUCUAAUUAAAACAUAACGAUCCACGGGUGUUGUGUAGAUAGCACAAGCACAGUAUGUCUUCUUUAAGCGGUUCGCAGUUACCGUAUUAGCCUGAAUCAUUCUUAAUAAUUCAUUCAUGUUCGUUAUGGAUUGGCUCUUUGUUUAUGUUUUGUUUGUUUCUUCAUAUGCUGGAUUAGGUGAAGCAGAUCUAUAAGGAUUUUCAGUAGCUUCCACACAAACAAUUUAAAACAAGAUGGUUAGAUGGAAAUUAAUUCAAAAUAGUUCUUAUUACAUGGAUCAAAUACCACUGUACGUAAACUUAAAUGCAAGGUUAAAUUGGACAGGUUUUUCAUAUCAAAUACAUAAUAUAUUUAUUUAUUUGGCAGUUUUAAAAAGUAUAGAGAGAUGACGACAACCACCACCAUGUUCUAGUGUCUUAUCUUAUGCGAGAUCAAAAGAAUUGGGAAAUUUAAACACUGUAAAUGAUAAAUUGUUUACCUAAUUUGUAAAAGGGUGUUUGUAUUUUUAUUUACUUGUACAACUACGGCAGAUUACUAAAGUUGGAAUACCCAAUAUUAAACGUAAAAAUGUAGUCCAUCAUUAAGAUUUGAAACAUCUCUUUUAACUUGUAAGAAGUGGAAACUAAAACAUCCUGAAAAUCCACCUGAAAACAUCAUUAGUCUACCUUCUUUUGUCUAGUUUUAAAGGGUCCAUAUUUGUUUCAUAUUUAUUUUCUCAUCUAUGUUAUAAUGUUGUUUCCUCAUAAAACAGACCUGGAGUUGUGUUUUGUUUUGUUUUUUUUUGCAAAUGUUUAACACACAAACCUUGCAUAUUUAGGCUGAGUUCUUCUCUCAAACCGUAAUACAGGAAGUGCUCCACUGUGUUUUUAAACUCCAUACACUUUCUCUUGAUUCAUUUGGAUAAUUUCAGCCAUGGAAUUGCCAAUUUGACAUGAAAACUCCUGCUUCGUGACAUCAGAAGGUGGAAUUUUUGAGCAUUUUGAUUUAGAGAUGUUGACAGACUAACACAGACUUACUCAAACAUGUGUGAAUGAAACAAAAUACAACUCCAGGUAUGUUUUUGAAGAGGUAAUAACAUAAAUUUUGCAUAAUAUCGGACCAUUAAGUGUACCUAACCUGUGCAUGUAACGUACUGACUGUAAAUUUAGGGCUCUGACUCCACUCUUAGUUACCAGUCCCCCCUCUCCCUUUGUCAUCCUCGUUUUUUUCUUAGCGUGUUUGAGAAACUGUGAUUAGCACGGAUGCUAAUUGAUGCUAAACACAAGUGACUAUAAUCUGGGUGUAUCCGAACAAAUGUUUUUAUUUUAAAUCUUCUUUUCUAUGAAUUUAUUUCUUGCUGUGCUUGGUAAAGAAAGUCCUUACUAAGUCCAGAGGUAGAAAGUGGCUUGAUGCAUCCCCGCUUCUCGUUUUCAUAUAAUCAGCUACAAGCGCCUCUGUUUAAAGGUGCACUGCGUAACUUUUCUGGUGGAGGGUCUGCCGCCUGCUUGUCUCCAUGGAGAUGAUGUUGCUUUUCCUGGAAUGUUCCACAGUAUGGCAUUAAACUUGUUUAUCUCGUCAGGUUGUCAAAAGUAUUGAAAAUCAGAUACUAAUCGAUAUUAAAACUUGUAUCGAAACUUGAUACUCAUUUAAGGAGGUAUCGAGACUAAAAAGUAGUAGUAGUAGUAGUAGUAGUAGUAGUAGUUCAUUCAGUAAUUUUGCAGCACUCAAAAAGCAAAACAAAACGCACUCACAGGACAAAAAUGAACCUUGAGCUGUAUCAGAAUAAAAAUUUAAAAGUACUACGAUUUUAUUUUGGAAAUUACAUUCUAUUGUCUGAAUAACGUAUGGGAAUCAGUAUCGAGUAUAUUAAUAUCGAAAAUGAGUUUGAAAUUUUAGUAUCACGACAGCACUACUGUCUAGUUUUGCAUUCAGUUCCAGAUUAUUUUAUUCCCUUCAAAAACAGAAUUCUUACAGCUACAGAGCUCCCUCUCCACAGAUCUGACCAGUAACGUGGCCUGAUGGCGUCACCUGCCUCUACCAUACUCCGGAACAUUCCAAGCAAAGUUUUAACAUCUCCAUGGAAACAAGCAGCAUGGAGACUACUAGAAAAGUUGCAAAGUGCAUCUUUAAAUUACUGGAGAUAAGAGAAAAGUGUUGCAUCCGCCAUAUAUUGUACUUGCCCUAGAAACAGACAUUCACUGCAAAACAAAAAAAAUAAUAAAAUAAAAAUAGCCAUUCUGUUCAGUUCAAGUUAUAUUACUUUGAAUUAAAUCAGAAAUUAUACAAUAGAAAUUAAAUAAUCUAGGACAAAUAUGCAAUUAAAUCCAACCGCGUGAAAAUUAUAGAAAUCUAGAUUAUAAUUCUGAAUUUCAUUAUUUUGACAGAUAAACCUCAAAAGUGACAGCCCGCUCUGCUUCUGGAAGUAAAUUUUCCAUUCAUUUUUCUCAAAAACUUUUCAAAAUGUUCAAAUAUUAAGAGUUCAAAGACAUUGCAGAGGCUAACCAGCUACGUGCUAACUAGCUACGCGCUAACUAGCUACGUGCUAACUAAUAUCCGUAACACAGCUGUUCAAAGUCCAAAAAGAAAAGCACAUUUAAGACACAUGAUUCUGCAAAAUACUUUUAUAGCAGAGCAGUUUUUAACAAUUUAGAAACAGGCUUACAAUAAAAUUACAGGUUUUGUGGUCAGUAGUUAGCGCUUAGCUGAUUAGCCCUGAGCUAGCUGUCAAACUUUUAAUGUUAUUUUUAUUUUUUUCAAGUCUAUGGGAAAAUGAAUGAGAAAUUUACUUCCAAAACUGGGGGUGGACGGUCAUCGUUGAGCUCUAUUCUAGAGCUAAACUUUUGCAGUGUUGUUUGGUUUCUUCUUUUCCAUCUACAACUGGCUGGGCUCACAGGGAAGAAUAGAAUUUUGUAAAACGUAGUCUUUAAGAUACUCAGGUAGUUUAGGUAGAAAACGGUGCCGUCUGGUUUUGGAGGAGCAGACAGACGCAAUUGGACAACCUAUGUACUAUACGUGUGUGCAAUUUCAAGUAGUUAGUGACGCAAGACUGUAGAAAUGUAGUUGUGUGCGGAGUUUAGGUGUUUUAAUUGGAAUUUCAGAACACAAUCUUAGUUCAGUUAUAUAUUAUUUUGUUUUGUAAGUAUUAUUAUUUGCACUUAAAGGUGUAUUUUAUAACAUUAAGAUGAUCUUUCUUGUAUUUAUUCAUUUCCAGGUGCUAAAACAUGUGUUUUUAUUUAUUUUUUGCUUUCAGUAGGCUCGCCCCUCCACAAACCUGACCUGUAACUUGGCCAGGUAGCGUCACCUGCGCAAAUAUUGUAACUACGUUUUCAAAAAGAUAAUCCAGAUUAAACUACAUAUUAAUAAAUGCAGUACCCUUGCUCCUGUUUGCUACUCCAAAAUUGAAGUCAUGUCUCUUCUCUAUUGAAGUAUCUGUAGUAGUUUCUCAUAGACCCUUUUACAAAAUACUGGUCUGUCCCAUGUCUCUUUUUCUACUACAUUCAAACUCUGUCCAUGUUUCUCGGUUCAGGAUCCAAGCGGUUGAGUCAGCCAAAAGACUCCAUUUUCUAAUGUUGAAAAUGUUGUACAAAUGUUUUGAUUGUAAUCAUUAAAGCCAAAAGUGGUUAUGUAAAUAUGUCUUUGUCGUAUUGUUCUAUGUUUUAGUAGUUAGCAUUGUUGUGCCAGAAAUUGUUCUCCCCGUGUACUCUCGUUUCCACCAUUAUCAACAGAAAAUAGAAAGUACAUUUUAUCCUCCAGCUUGGAAGCUCUCCUUAUGGACUGACUGACAAAUCGACAGUCAAAACAAGUUCAUUUUAACAGUAACAUCUCGAC